GCAGAACUUUGAAACAUUGAAGUCCCAUAAGAACUUGAGUAUUGUCAGUUAAACGAAAAAUAUUGCUGUUUAUAGGGUAACGGAAAUGGUAUCUGAUUCUUAAAGAAAACUAAUUUUAUAUUGUUAUAAAUAUAAAAUUGAAAACAACAAACGACUGAAAUUAUUUGUUAAAACAGAAGAAAGUGAAUGUUAUAUUACUAUUCAACUACGAACGUUGAGAUAGAUUUUGUUUGCAAAACAUUAACCUAUAUGCAUUCGUAAUGCUUAUAGGUUGUAUCUUGUUAUUACGCCAUAAUGAGAAAGGAUGAUGAAAAGUUAUUAAAUAUUUUAUCAUUAAUUUUUAUCAUGGAUUGAAACUUUAUACUUGUAUUGAAUACAAAUCAUACGUACAUGUUGCAAACUUUGUUUGUAAACAAACAUAUUUUUAUUUUGUAUAUCCACGUGUUAUGUAUACUUUUCGGAAUUGUAUAGAAUGGCCGAAAGAGAUGGUAAAAUCGAAUUUGUGACAGAACCUUUUCCUAUUAAACCACGAAAAUUCGGACCACAGAAUGUUGUUGUACGUCUUAGAAGAAGAGAAACAUUUGGCUGUCCAUAUCCAGGAACUCAUGUUCAUAGUGCUAGACAAUUUUAUCAAAAUGUAUUUCCAAAUUUUACAAUCAUGAACGUGGAAAAACCCCCAUGUUUUCUCAGGAAAUUCAGUCCAGAUGGAAAAUAUUUGAUUGCUUUUAGUGCAGAUCAAACAUCUAUAGAAGUAUACGAAUAUCGUGGAGCAUCUGCUGCAGCAGAUCUUUUAGCCGACGUUGAAGGUGAAUACAUAGGACAUAAAAAUGAUGAUGUUAAUAUUAAUAUAAGAUGCAAUGUUUUCAGUCGAUUUUUCAAGGCUAAAUGGACGAUUAAUGUAGUUCAAUGCAACCAACAAUUAAAUAGAGAAUGUAGUUUAUUUACAGAUGAUUGUCGUUAUGUUAUUGUUGGCUCUGCAGCACAUAUUCCUGAUGAACUCAGGCCUCAUUUUUAUCAAAUUUAUUCAAAUAACGAGGCAUUGACACCUAAUCCAAGAUCUCCACUUGAGGAUUAUACUCUACACUUGGUUGAUAUACGAGAUGGAAAAUUAUGUCACACUAGACAUUUCAAAGUUGAUAAAAUAUAUUUAUCACAUAAUCAAGGUCUGUAUUUAUACAAAGAUAUUUUGGCUGUGUUAUCUGUGCAACACCAAACUAUACAUGUAUUUAAAAUUCUUAAUGGAAUGUUUAUAUAUAUCAAAUUAAUAGGAAGGUUUUGUAUGGGAGAUGAAGCUUAUUUAUUUUCAUUUGGUGCAUGGCGCGGUGUAAAUUAUAGAUCAUUUAGGGAUACCAGAAUAAACAGCCUUAAACACAAAUUAUUAGUAUUUUUAUAUAGGAGGGCAGAAUAUAUAAGCGAUACAACUAAUGACCCAUAUGAAUUGAGACGAUUUUAUCAAUAUUUUGAUCAGUUGAAUGCAUUGAGAAUGUGGAAGAUGCAAUUAUUAGAUGCAAAUCAUAUACUUAUAAGAUUUGCUAGCGAAGAAGUUGCGACUCUUCAAGCAAACGAACCAAAUGCACAACCAGCUCUUCUCGUUGUAUAUAAUAUGGAGACUGCUAAAAUUUUGGCGGUAUAUGAUAAUGCAUCUACUCAAUUACUGACCCAAUUUGAAAAUUUCAGUGAUUUUUUUAGAAAUGCUAGAAUGAGUACAGAUUGCCAAUACAUGUGUUCUCCGUCAAAUAAUAUUUAUGCACGAUUAAUGCAACAGAGGUUCAAACAGACAAUAGUCAGUGCCAGAUAUGGUGGAAUUACUGAAGCAACAAAAAGGUUACUUGCACAAUUACCAAUUUGUGCUCAAUCUUAUUCAAGUUCUCCAUACCUUGAUCUAUCUUUGUUCUGUUAUGAUGAUAAAUGGGUAUCUAUGAUGGAACGACCUAAAGCUUCUGGAGAACAUCCUAUUCGCUUUUAUGCACGUGAUUCUGGUCUUCUAAAAUUCAAAAUGUACGCAGGAAUGUUUGGUCGUACAGCACCAACUGCAGCAAGAAGAUUAGUAGCGUUUAUUUUUCAUCCAACAGAUCCAUUUGCUAUAUCAGUCCAACGUACCAAUGCUGAAUACAUCGUCAGUUUCCAUAUAAGGCAUAUCUGAAUGAUGUAUAACAAUAUUAUAAUAUUAUCAAAAAAGUAUCUAUUUUCAAGACAUUGUUGCUGCUCUGUUAUAGCAAGCUACUUAAAAUAAUUUGAUAGUAUAUAAAAUACUUUUCUAUGCAGGAACAAAAAUAUCAUAUCUAUAUUGAUAUAUGGCAAGAUAUAAAUGUAAAUAGAAAAUUCUUUAUACCUAGAUUUUUUGUACAAAAUAAUACGGACUCAAUAUUUAAUAUUAUCGUUAUUUAAAGAGUCACGAUUGUCUCUUUUAUUGUACAUAAACAGGAUGAUGUAAAAUAAUUCUUGCCAUAAUAUUUUAUUCGGAAGAUUAUAAAAACAUUUCUAACAUUAAUAUAAAAUACAAAAUAUCGAUAAAGAGGAA